GCCAAGUUUACUCUUAACGCACGCCGUCACCGCUGACGUACCGAUCGAAUCACAGCCGCAAUGGAAUUCCAAUAGUGAUUUUUUUUUUGAGAAGGGGACACAUCGGGCAGACGGUUCUCGCGCAUGCCGAAGCCCCUAGCGAACCCUUGAUGGCACCAGCACCAGCACCAGCAGCCUAUGCUUGCUGAAGCCACAGCCACCAAUGCACACUCUACCUCUUCUCAUAGAACUUUAUUUUGGCGAAAGCUGGUUCUUGUGUGCAACAUCUGCGUCAGGAAGCAGACUCCUAGCUGCGUGUUGUUAAAUACAUCGAAAUCCUUGAUCCGUUGCCUUUCUCACCUAUCUGCCAUGCCAGGCUGGAUUCCGCCCUCCCACGGCCUGGGAGGGAAUUCGCGUGAUGAACAGACACAAGCCAUACCAGUUCCCUCGCAAGCGGUUGUAUGUGUCGAGCACCCCUGCAUCAUCAAGAAUCUUGACCGCGGCAUCAGGUCCUUGGGGGGAAAACAUGAGAUAAACAAGUUGUUCGAGGAUGGCAAAGAGCCUGAGUUCUUUGAGGUGUCGCUUCGUCCUGAUGACCCUAUGGCAAAGACCAUAUACUCAAAGAAAAUCGACGUAAAUCAUUUGCUUCUGAAAGUCACCGUGCCCAAGAGGACUGGUCGCAGGCGCAAGAUCGGCUCAAAUGUGCCGUUCCAUGAUCAAGGUGCACACCAAAACGCAACUAUGAACGAUCACAUUGCGCCCUCGCAUGAUUCUGCAGAUGCUAGAGCCCUUCUUCAUGCCCUUCGGGACAAUAAGGACAAAUCUUUUGUUCAAGUCAUGGGCAAGAUUGAUCAGACUCACCGCUUCCGCAGUAUGCCAGAUUUCCAAUACGCCACAUCAACCAACUCUCUUAUGCAGAACAUGAGGAACUCAAUAAUGACAACAGAUCUAGCCAAGAUCAGAGACUUUAAGUAUGACAUGUCCCGUAAACUUGCUGAAGACCAGGACGUGGGUCCUCCGCCCUUCUUUACAACUAUCAAGCAACCUUUCAAUUACUCUUACAAGCAAAAUCCAUACACAAAAGUCUUCAGAGACUCCGAAGGCAACAUUCAGGUCAUUAAUACUACAGCUCCCAUCAAGCACGUUCGUCACAACGUCGAUCCAGACGCGCUCACAGUGCCAGAUAGCCCACCGCAUGAGCUUCCUCCACUCGAAACAACAUCUCCUCGAAUACAAGAUGCUGUUCGAAAGCUUCGAAGUAUGUUUGAUGAGCGGCCACUCAUGCAGCGCCGCGUAUUUGUCAACAUGUUCCCCGACAAGCAAAGCGAGAAUGAGCUCAAGACUGCGGUGGGUUACUGCGGCUAUGCCUUUACAAGUGGGCCCUGGCGAGAUGUCGUCAUCAAAUUUGGUAUCGAUCCGCGAAAAGAUCCUCAGUAUCGUAUAUAUCAAACAGUCUCAUACCAACUACAAGACGAAGGCAGAGGCGCGCCAGACGACCCUGGCAAUUACAUGCGAACGGUGGGCGGAAAACGCGUCACGGCGAAAACGGCUAAGGUCGAGCAUUCGCAUGUCUUCGAUGGCACUAAAUUCUACAAGGACGGCAAGGUGUGGCAGGCAUGCGAUGUAACAGAUCCGCUGCUAAGCGAGUUACUGGAUAGGGCGGAGCUCCGUUCGGAACCUGAUAUGAUAUUUUCUGGCUGGUAUGGGAACGGGACCUGGGCGCUAUUCAGACGCCUUAUGAAAUACAAAAUACAGACCUUGGCUGCGGGCAAGCAGCCGAAUGACGAAAUGUGUCGCGCUAUCAUAGCCAUGUUUCCACCGUUCGUCGACGAUACGAAUGUACAUUUGACCCGUGCCGACGAGCCGCUAUCGUACUUGAGCAAGUCUCAGUACGCGGACUACACGAUUGAAGGAGAAGCAUCAACCAUUGCGUCAGAGGUAAGGUCAACGGCCAUGGCGGCAUUCAGAUACCGGAACCGUCAUUACCAGAGGAGGAAUAAAAAGAUCAAGUCCAGAGACGUAGAUGGAGAUGUGGACAUGCUAGAUGCAGACGAGGAUACUCUGAGGGUGGAAAGAGCUGUGGCAGAGGAAACGCCACCUCCAGGCGAAGAAAGUGAUGCAGCUUUAAUUGGUCUAGAAUCAGAUAGCGAAGGGGACCAAGAUAUGGAGGCUGAAUCUGCUGAUGAAGGAGAUGAUGAAGAUUAACAUGAGGUUGCAUAGUCGUCUCAGAGAGCAUCUCCUAUGAGCGGAGGAAUAAGCCAUUGGUCCCAAGGAGGUGAGACAAAUAUUUUGCUCGUGAUCAACCGAGACGGAGCAUGAUGAGAGCAUAAAACAUUGCACAUGCGCAUUGAACCGAAUCAUACAUUGAGCCGAUAUCUAGUUCGAAGGUCCAGGCAUUGGAACCAUAACCAUGCUAUCAUGGUGGAUACGAACUCAGUAUAAGGUCUACAGCUCAUGCAAACCUUCACCGCCUGUGAUGAUCCAUCAUUUCUGAAGAGAUGUAUGUUCGCCUAUGUCUUAAUUUUAUCAUCACAUUUGAGCUCGUGCCAUCUGCUACAUUUAAUCACCGGCACACGCUCGAGAAGGAAGAUUCCAAAGUGCCUAGGAGUGUUAGCCCGAGCGAUGAUGACACGGUGAAAGGGAAGGACAGCGACGUUAUAUAAGGUUACCGAGCAUGUAGCUGAUUUGUGUGCCGGUCCCCAAGCUGGUGAGAAUAUCGAGUUCUAUAAGACCUGUAUUUGAUCUAAAACUAGGCCGGAGCUCCGAGCGAGCAAGAAUCCAAAGGAGCUUUCAAGACGUUUGUGAGACACGAUUACACACAUCGUCUCUACGGAACGUACAUUUGAGUUUAGCUUCAGAUCUGGCUCACUUUCUCUUUGCAUUCCUCGCAAGUUCGAACGCUGAGCAGCAGUAUUUAUAUUGAUGUGCACUCUCCUGUAACCUUCGUCCUCUUGCCAAACAGCACCAUCGCGCAUCAGACAAGCCUGCUGCUCUACAAUCCAGUCGCCGAAAGGUGUCCUCAUUGCAUUCACCAUCGGUCAGAAUGGCUCCGUCCAGCUGCACGACGUGGGACGACAGCCUUAAAUACAGGUUCUUGCUGGAGAUCAUCGCUCGAACGUCACCCUCCGUACCAUCCCAUGUCUUUGUCGACAUCGCUGAAAAAUGGGGGCCACCACAUACCAAGGGCUCGCUCGCCAUCAAGCUGCGACGUAUCAAAGAGCAGCAUGCCAAACAGGAAGGAGGAGUUUCAAAUGCCUCCCCUGAUUGCACUGAUAUUCAGACAGUGGGCAAGCGAAAGACUUCAGAACAUCGAGGCGAUGGUGAAACGCAAGAAGGCAAGAAGAUAAAGAAAGAGCGCAAGAUCAAAUCUGAGAAGACGGCCUUUUUAUAGACAUCGAAUAUAAAGGCGGAUUUCCAACAGUGAGGUAUUCUUGUGUGACGGCGAAUUAAUCCCUCCCGAAGGAUCUGACGUAAGGUCUGGUGAUUCACAUGAAGACUACAGAGUAGGGAUAGAUGUAAACG